UAAAUAUGGACAGUGAUUGUGACCCAUCUGAAGACAGCUUGAAUUUGCAUGAUCUAUCUGGCCUCGACGUUGAAUUGAGCAGUGACAGCGAUGAAAAUGGAUCACACUUUAACACGCCCAAAAUACCUGAAAAACCAGUGAAUAAUUUUGUUUUACCGCAGUGUCUCGAGAGAACGCGUGGUGAUCGUGUGCCAAAUACUUUGGCAUCGCUUCGUGAUAAUGUUUCGAAGUCACUCAGCCUCGAGAAUGAAAAUGAAGGUGACAUUACAAGUGACGCUUCAUUUGGACUUUUGUCAGAUGGUAAACUGGAUGAAGACAAUGAUGAUAUCUUGGGUACGAACCUUGGUAGUAGCUUUUCGAAAGAUGUUCAUAGCCCCAGUUCUGACAAGGAAAACACGGUAUGUGAAACCGUCAAUUCGUUUAGGCAGACACUGAAUGAUAGCAAAAAUGACACUAUGAGAAUUCUCGGUUAUAUUGCUAUGAAAACUCCUGUUAACAAUAAAAUUGCUUCUAAUAUUACUCCGAAUAGUGUUAACAGCAUUAAAAAAGUUAGUUUCAGUGAAAAACUCCUAGAAAAUUCGUUUAAAAGCCGAUUAAGCUCAAGUAACUCAUCAGAUGAGCGAAUUAGUUUAUCAGGGGUAUGUGAUGUACCCACUCAUAAUCAAAGUGUUCAACAAAACGAAAUGGAUGAGAAGACACAGCUCACCAACUUUUUUACGAGGUCACUAGAAAUUACUACAGGAGUUAGUAAUACAACUGAAGAUUUAUUAAAUGGAUUGGUUAAGUCGGCCACAACUGAAGAUUUGUUGACUUCGGUUUCCUCCAGAAUGAACAGUUCAAGUACGCUUAAAACUGAUUCAAGCACGUCAAAAGUCCAGAAAGACAUUGAUAGAAUAAGUAGGGGAGUGCCUGCAUAUAUAACAACCGACUAUUCGGCAGUGUUCGAUGCAAGCGUUGCAAGAAGUGACACGCUCUCAGAAACUAGGAAGAGCCAUGAUGUAAUUCAGGAGAAACCAGAUGGAUCCAAAAGUUUGGAUUGCGGUGGGGGCGAUCGGAAGCCAACACCAGCUUCAAACACGACAUCUAAUGAUACCUUUUACAAAAGUUUUUCUUUGUCUGAUUCGAGAAUGCAACCAAGUAAUAACAACGUCGAGAAGUCUUUUGCGAGCGGAGAUUUUGUUACUCCUGGUAAAUUGUUCCAAGGACCAUUGGACAAGGAAAGCCGAAGUGAUUUCUCAAAUAUUGAGUUCUCUCAAGACACGUCCUUUGGCGAUAAAAUUUUUCGCGCAACAAUUGAAGGGUUUCAGUCGCCUUCCAUAAACCUUGAAAACGAAGAUGUGCCAAAAAUGGCUUUGCUCAAAGAUGUCAAGAGUAGGACAGUAAGCGUUGAUGAAUUUGAGAAUGAAAACCAACAGCGUGAUUGUGAUAGUUCAUUGACCUGCCUAACCGCGUCAUGCGAAUCGAUCGCUGCUUCAGUUGGCAGUAACGAAAGUGACCACGUGAUCAGUCUAGAUACGAUUAAAGAAACAUGGCCGACACUGAAUAGUUACAUGAAAGCCAAGGAAAUCGCAGAAAGGUUCGAGGAUCUGUGUGACAAGACAAAGAAGAUAGCAGAAAUUGAAGAAUUUGAAGACUCGAUAGUGUCCUUAACCAGACGCAACAAAAUUGACGAGUCAAGAAGAACGAAAUCAGAUUUGACCUUUGGUGCAGUUGAAAGGCCUUCAAUUAAUGCCACUGGUGAUGCUUUAGUUGAGCUAUCUGAAUAUCCUCUUGCCGAGGAUUCAGUUUUCGGCAACAAUACGACGAAGGCAAGCAUGAAGCCCGAUGCGACUUCUGAAAACCAUGUUAACUUUGUUGGAGCAUCAUUCACAAACCUGUCAUGCAUUUCCUAUGCAGAAGGCGAAUCGAAGGAUAACUGCAGUAAGCUUCGAGGUUUCAGCUUUUCGACUCCCAAAGCGAAAAGCCCGUCGUUGUCAAACUCAACUUCAGAGCUGAUUCAGGAACAGGAUAAUACAAUAUCUAAUACGCCAUUAGAUAAGAAUAGCGAACAACAUAGAUGUUUGGACGACUCAACGUUACUUUCGAAAUAUUUGAAGAAAUCAGAGGAUGUGAACCAAUUUUUUGAAGCCGAUGCUGAUAUAAGCAACGAUACAGUUGUUCAUUCUUGCAGCUUUCCGACUGUCUACGAGAACAGUAAUAACUUACCAGCUAGUCUGGAUCACUUUGCCAAAACAACACCCAAUUUCAUAUCAAACCUGGCAAAAUUGAAGCAGAAAGAAACCGAGUUUGCUGUUAAAGAGUCAGACUUUGCAGUUGACUCUGUGAUUAACUUUCCCGACACAAUUGUAAAUGUGCCCAUAAACAAAAAAGUGGGAGUGGAAAAUUUGUCAGAUAAAUGGGUCAUAGCAAAUUUCCACGUUUCAAAUUGUCGAUUUUCUCUUAGCAGCUGUGAAAGUGAGACCGUCGCUUCGAAUGAGGUUUUCAGUGUUAAUCAGUCUGUAGUUUUGAGUCCGCAAGGCAACAAAGAAUUUGAAGUUACAUUCUCUCCUUCGAAGGCGGGAAAUUUUUCUGCUGUCAUUAGAAUAGCUUUCAGUGGAACCGCAGAUGGCGCCAAGUUUGAAAAGAAUGUGAAAGUUUUCGGCAGAAGUGAAAAUCUUAGUGUCCAUUUCCAGAAAGAAGGGGACGUAAUCAGCGCGUUAGAAUUGAACCAUGAACUAAAAAAUAGCUCUUCAAAAUCAGAAACGAGAAUUGAAGUAGAAAUCAAAUGGCGUUGUUAUGUUGCUCUUAAAAUCAACUGUCAGCUUUUCUGUUCCAUAGCAGACUCGUUAAUAUUUUCGACUUUUAAUGGAAAACAAGUAGACAAGAGCAAUAAAUUAUCAUUCAACGCGGUAAAUAUAAAUGAAAAUAGUGAAUCGGUUUUCAAGGUCGGCCUUGUGUUUGGCGCCCAAAAUAUUUUGACUUCGGUUACAAGUGUAGCAGGUACGCUGAAGUUACAUAUCGAUGGGGCUAAAGGUACGCCAAUAGCCGAGCUGCCGAUUAGCAUCCGAAUCCUGAGGCAAGUUCUUGACAUUCCUGAAGAUUCUUUGACUGAUCUGGUUCUGAAGUGUGACAACGAUUAUGCGCCUCUUGAGUUCCCGAUAUCGACUUGCUCGGCAGAAAACGUUUUCGUUGAAAUGAAUUACGAGAAGAGCGUAAUUGACAUCGUACCGAAUAUGUUUUCACUUAAACCGAAUUACAGACAGAAAAUCAAAGUAAAAGCUAAACAUGGAAACAUAUCGUCAAGUGUUCAGAGAGGAUCCCAUUUUAAAACGAAAGUAGAAAUAUUUUCAAAUGGAGUUAAGCAAAAAGACAUCAUAAUUCAAAUUGAGAAACCAAGAAUCACUUGCAAAAGGUCACUUGUGUUCGGUACCAACGCCAAAUGCAUGCUUUUCAGGUCACCUCAAAUUUUUUCGCCAGUCGUAGAAACUCUGAAAAUGGAAAACUCGACGAAUGAAGUUUUGGAUCUAAAUGUACAUAUCGAAAAAGUUAAUUGCUUUGAAAUCUCAGCGAUUAGUUCCUUUGUAGACUCAAGCUUGUUUGACUCAGCUGGUGGACUUUAUCCUGUCAGACUGCCUCCUAAAACCAAUUGUAAAAUCUCCGUUAAGUUUCACAGCUUUGAUGUCAAACUGGAAUCUUCAUACUUGAUAGUUCGAGUGAAGAACUCGCUUUUGAAAUACGUAAUUCCUCUUUAUGGCUAUUCGGGACGGUCAUCGCUCACUACCACAUCAUGCCAAAACUUGACAAAUAGUGAUUCUAAAUUGAAGGAAAUAGUUCUAAAGAAUACGGGAUAUCAGGAUUUAUGCUUUGCAAUAAACGAGGAGUCCCUCAAACUGUGUAGCGCCAAUCCAAGACAUGGAGUUAUAAAAGCUCAGAGUGAAAUUUCAGUUAAGGUUCUCAUUGAGCAUUCUCAAGGCCAUAUUGAAGACCUUGAAAUAAAUUGGGGUGACUAUAUUUUGAAGAAAAUUUAUGAUAAUUGCAUCCAUACUGGGAAAAGCGUGCACGAAGUUCCAUCCAAAGUACAGAAGCUAGUUGAUUUGAAUUUUGACAACGAAGCUUCCAAUAUUUCGGCAAUAAUUGGAAACAUUUCUUUGAACCACCGAUUUUUGAAACAUCUUGACAACUCUUGUUUUGUGCCUCUUGAUUUGGAUUUACUUGCGAACGGACCCGAUGAGUUGCCAGAAAGUGAACGAACUGUAACCUCAGUUUCAACAGUUAUUCAAGAGGGAUCUCACCUCUCGGCUAAGAAGACGAAUGAAAACGAGAGAUGGGUUGUUCGACCAGACUACCUGUUGUUUAAAACCGACACGCAAUGUUUUGUUUUGGAGAAUAAGUGCAAUAAAUGCCUAGAAUUUGUAAUUUUGACCUCAGAUUCUGUUUCGGCUAGCCCUGUUCGAGGAGUAUUGAAGGCCUUUGAAGAAGUUAUUGUUGACGUCCGGUUUAAAAAAGAAAAAGUGAAACACAAAUUAAGUAGAGAUAGUCUUUGUGUGAAAAUUGAAAAUGAAGUGAAAGAAGUGAGCCUGGAUUUCAAACGUGAAGACUUCGAUAACUAUGAUAUGGUAUCAGUUUGCUCGAGUAGUGGAAUGAGCUUCAACAUCAGUGAUGAUAUUGUUACACUUGUCAAUGAAGUUUUGAAGUUUCCACCGGGAGCGAAAGUCGGCGAUUGUCAGCAACUAACGUUGUCGUUUACGAAUAAGAUGUCGGAUAGUGUCAAAUGGGUGUUAUCAUCAGUCGCUCCAACAUUUGUUAAAUGGAACCAAAACAAACUAUACAAAGCUAAAUAUGCCGUGUUUAGAGUUGAAAAAUCACUUGGAUAUCUGAAAGAAAAAGAAUCAGUUGAUAUUGCGGUGAGUUUUGCGCCCUUAGACGUAGGAUCAUAUUUCCAGCACUGGGAACUGCAUAUAACAGCAUUGAAUAAAAAUGUCUCCAAGUUCAUCAGGGUUUGUUGUUGCGGCGAGGCAAGAAAGACUCGGAAGUCUCUGACGUCAAUACCGAAUUUGGAUGAGACAGAAUUGGACGAAGUUUCGCCGCGACGUGAAGGAACCGGACGAUUGGAACUCGUAGCUGAUAAAGAUGCAAUACACAAAAAGCGUCGCAGCAUCGUCACGACAGAAAAUGUUCUUAAUUUCCCAGACGUCAAAAUAGGAUCGCGAGCAAAAUUGCUUCUACAAGUGAAGAACUGCGAUAAAAAACUACACUCGGUGCAGUUUCUGAACCCGGAGCCACCUUUCUUCAUAGACAAUCCCUCCUGCUCAAUCAGUGCCGGUCACUAUGUCAAACUGCCGGUCAGUGUGCGGGUCAGUAGCCGGAGCAACCAGAGCGAAAGAGGAGGAAAAGUAACCCCAACUGGGUCAUACAGUUCAAUUUUAGUCAUUAAGUCAAUCACAGAUAGUACUUCUAUGCCGGUGCAGCUGCAUGCUAAUGUGGUGCAGUAAGCAAGUAGAUUAUUAGUAUUAGUAAACCUUUGUGCUAUAAACCUUUGUCUAAUGUUGAAAGUAUGAGAGAUACGGUCCCUUGAAAAAGGUAUUUGGAAGAAAAGCCAAGUCAUUUUCAUUGUUUAAUAACUCAAAUAAACUGCUGUUUCUGAAGUUUAUGAAAUAUACUAGUUGUAAUCAAGUAUUUAUCUAUAUUUUAAGUGACCCAGCUAUCAUACUUAUACUGAGUUGAAAUAAUGAGUUGAUGUGAAUUUUCAUGACGAUGCAUACGAGUUGAGCUCUCGAGUUGAUGUCGUUUCAAUGUAUUAUGCUUUAUAGAGGCAAUAAGCAGCGUAUUCUAGAUUAGUUUCUUCAGAUGGCCUUGAUUUAAUUUAGAUCUCACAUGUCAUCCACCUUUGUGCCUUAAAUUAUGUAUUUCAUUUUCCAUUAAUUCUUUCCAUGCGCCGUCAAAUCAUAAUAAAGUAAGGAAAAACGUCAAGCUAACUUUUAUCCCAUCAGAGCUUGUAAUUCCAUAAAUUGCUUCACGAUGAAGUAUUUCGGACGCGCUAACUUCGUUUUGUCUGGG